AUGCCCAAGUGCGACUACUGCGAUGUGUACCUCACGCAUGAUUCCAUGAGCGUGCGCAAGGCGCAUAACAGCGGUCGAAAUCACCUGCGCAACGUCGUCGACUACUACCAACAAAUCGGCCACGAGAAGGCCCAGUCUGUCAUUGACUCCAUCACCUCCUCCUAUGCUGCAGAAGGCCAAGCCCACAACAACCCAAUGCUGCCACAAAACCAGCCCGGAUCGGCUUUCCCGCCACCCUUCCCUUUUCCAGGAGGCGUCCCGCCUCCCUUCCCCGGCAUGCCCGCCGGUGCACCCCCCUUCCCUCAAGGCAUGAUUCCACCCCCCGGACAAGGCGGACGCGGAAUGCCGCCGAUGCCGCCCUUCCCCCCCGGCCCCAACGGCUCACCAAUGCCCCCAGGAGGUCUCCCGUUCCCCCCGCCCGGAGGUCUGCCAGCCGGCCUCCCAUUCCCACCCCCAGGCGCGCCGGGCGGUCUCCCUCCCAACUUUCAGUUCCCCGGCAUGCCGGGCGCGGGCGCCUUCCCACCAGGACCUCCUGGCGCCUUUCCGCCUGGUGGCGGACCUCCGGGACAAGACAGGCGGUAA